CGACGCGCGGCAGUUACAAUUGCGAUACCGAGUCGCACACCGUGCCGUUCCGCGACUCGAUGACGAUUUUCAAUAAUAAUAUUUUGUUAUUAUAUUAUUGUUUUAUUAUGCUUCUACCUACAUCAUAAAUAAUACCGUUCUAUCAAUUUCGGUGUUGAAUUUUUCCUCGUCGCCCGCACCGCAACGAGUAUCCCCGUUAUACGUUACCUCUGUUAAUAUUUAAUAAUUUCAUUUUUCUAUUAACUCGCCCACAUUAAAGUGUUAUAUUGAUUAUAAUAUAUAUAUUAUCAUUAAAUAUUUGUGUUUUGUUGUUAUAAUAAAAUAGUUUAAUUUAUGUGUUAAUUAAUUUUACAUCGUUAUAUGAAAUAUAUAUAUAUAUAUAUAUAUAUAUAUAUUUCUAUGUUAUACACAGUAAUAUUGUUGUAUGCGAUUGACGGCCAAUAACAUGGUUUGUCCGAAGACUAGCAAUACUAAAUACUUCACCAUCAACACAGUUGCGUUUAAAUUUUCAAAUUUCUGACUUCAAAUUCGGUCGUGGUGAUUCCGUCAUCUACCAGAUACCGAGAUGGCAUUAUUAGUGGAAUCACGGUCGUUUCGGCCGUUCAAGUCCAGUGAAGAAUAUCUUUAUGCUAUGAAAGAAGAUUUAGCUGAAUGGCUGAAUAGUUUAUAUCCUGAGCUCUACAUUAACGUAAAUAAUUUCAUGGAUAGACUUGAUACUGGCGUGGCUUUGUGCAAGCAUUCAAACUGUGUAAGAAAUUAUGCAGAGGAACACGUGAAUCGAAGACAAGCAGCUGGGAAAUCUAAUAUUAGUGGCAUUGCGAGCAUAGUUCUUCAAUUACCACCUGUACGAUAUUUACCCGGCGCUAAAGGUGGUACAUUUUUUGCUAGAGACAAUGUUUCCAAUUUUAUAAAUUGGUGCAGAAAUGGACUUGGUGUGUUUGAGUGUCUCCUCUUUGAAACAGAUGAUCUUAUAAUGCGAAAAAAUGAAAAACACGUGAUUUUGUGUUUAUUAGAGGUCGCUAGACGUGGUGCUAGAGUUGGUGUGCCAGCUCCGAUGUUAGUGCAAAUGGAAAGGCAGAUUGAUCGGGAAAUCGCUGCAGAUAAAAAGUAUGCUCAAUUUUCACAAGGAACUGAUUUUAAUGAUGGCGAUGAUACAGAUUUGAGUGACGGCGAAGAUUUAUCCGAAUAUGCACCAUUGCCUCAAAUUGUUACUAACGAUUUAAAAAGCUUAGAUGAAAUGGUACGGGAUCUUGUGGAAAGGUGCAAAUGUCCGACCCAGUUCCCAAUGAUCAGAGUGUCCGAAGGAAAAUACCGUAUCGGUGAUACUAAAGUCUUAAUAUUUGUCAGAAUACUGAGGAGUCACGUUAUGGUCAGAGUGGGUGGAGGUUGGGACACACUGUCUCAUUACUUGGACAAACACGAUCCGUGCCGAUGCAAAACUGCUCAUCGAGCCCCGGUGUCUGCAAAACUGACGGGUGUCAGAAGUGGCGGGCCCACGUUGGAAAUAUCGCACGCCCAAGUACACUACGAAAGAUCACCUCCGAGAACACGACGCUCGUCCACAUCCAGCACAGGUAGCAGUGGUAACGGUGGUUACUCCGGCGGCCUGAGCCUGACGUCCGGAGGCCUAGCCACGGCCAAGCGAGCGAGCCGCCGCCGGAGCCGAUCGCCGUCCCCGCGGCCGACCACCAAACUGAGUACGCCCGUGGACGCGGGCCGUCGGAGCAGAAGCCCCACGCCCCGACUGGGCACAGACCACUUGGUCGUGGCCAACACCGGCUGUAGGUCUAGGUCGGUAACCCCUAGCAGGAGACGUACACGGCGGUCCGCUUCACCUUCAUCCGGAGCUGCAGGUAACGGCGGCGAUCGUUUGUUACAUGUGCCAAAUGGACAGCGACAGUCCAACGACCGCAGCCGUUCGCCAUCGGCGACGCGCCAGCGAAGCGGAGUAGACGACACGCCGACGCCAAAGAUAUCGCUGAACUUCACGUCAGAACUGGCCGCCGAGUUGGGCGACCGUUUGCAACGGUCUUCCAGAGAGUCGUCCGUGGACAUAAUACACCAGCGUGAGACUGGAAAAACGGACGGUAACCGAAACGGUUGCGAUGACUGCAACGAUGGCGACGACGACGACGACGACGACGUGACCGUGGACACGUCGUCCACGUGCCGGGUUUCGGAUAACUUCCGAGGCACAGAACAGUACCGCGUGCUCAACCCCAUGCCCGUCACGGCCAUCGGCGAGAGGCGGCAUUCGACCGUCAGGGAGGAAGAGUCCGUGGUGGACACGACGCCUUUCAGCCGCGUGUCGGACAGCCUGAGGGUGGCCGCAUACGAUUGUCCAGCGUCGGCGGGCAGGAAAAAGUCGCAUACAGCCCACGGGGACGCGAAGAAGUCGGAACCCGUCGGCACGGACAGCGGUUCGGAAGUGUCGGACGAGGGCUACAGGAGUCUGGGAGUGGUGGCUUCACCGCCGUUCAACUCUAACGUAAAACACGUGCAAAAAUCAAACGGCACGCCACCGGUGACACGAGUUACGCGGCCACCGCGAAGCCGUUCUGCAGGCGGCAAGGAGACGCCCAGCCCGCAGCAGUCGCCGUUCCGCCGGAACCGUUCUACCACCCAGUCGUCGAGACACCAGCAACCAGCGCCAGCGAUCGGCCGGUCGCAGACGCCGACGCCGACGCCGAGCCGCCGGUCACCCGCACCGUACGCGGACGGUGGCCAAYACCAACYGCCGUUUUCGGCGUCGUCAACGCCGGCCACGCCGCUGCUGGGUCGGAACAACACGUGGAACGCGGCUGGUGGCCGGCACUGGUCGUCCAAACAGCGACCGCAAAUGUCGGCCGACACAUUUUGCCAACAGGUGGCCGACAUCAUCAACCGGUACGCAGUUAUGGCGCCCAGUCCCCGGAAAGACUCGAAACCCGAUUCGCCGAUCGUCACCAGGAUACCGGCGCCGGUCCAAAGGACUUGAUGGUUCUCGCCGCCGCCGUCGUUGUCGUCGUCGUCGUCAUCUUCGAUUGUAAAGACAAGUCAGCGGUUAAAUCGUCACCGGAAGGGCUUGGUGGAGGGGAAAAAAUUUUCUUUAAAAAAUAAAAAAUUAACACUCCGUACUCUCUGGAUUUUCGCUCAGAUUCAGACGAUUCCGUAUGAAUAAAACCAAUGUUAUCGAACUAUUAUUUUAUUAUGACGCGUUAGACAUAUUCUUCAGCUUUAGCACACCGGACACGCGACUAUAAUAAUAAUUGAUUUAUUUUUUUUCGAUACGAUGACGACGAUGRCGAUAACACGACRACAAAUAUUACGUUUGUGUAUUUAAAAAAAAAAAAUUUAUUUUUAUUGCGUAUCGAUAUUGUUUUAUGUGUUGUUUUUCUGCGAUCGGAUUAUAAUAUUAUGAUACAUAGGUAAUAUUAUAGUAUAAUUUUUAUUAUUAUUGUCUUGUGCAUAUUAUAUUUAUUAUUUAUUGUACGUUGUUAUAAUAUUUAGGUGCAUAAAUAAAAAAUAUAAUUUUUUUUUGUUAUGUGUUUGUCGACGAUGGCAGACGAGGAAGACAAUAUUAUGCUUUUCUCGCGCGAACGAAUGGUGCUAAAAACCGACCUUAAUUAGUGUUACGAUUAUAAUAGUAUUAUAUAAUAUAUUAUAUUAUAUUAUCGUUAUGUGAUAAUAUUGCAAAUUUAUGAAGGGUUGACGCAUUGGCGAACCCGUGACUUUCUUUUUUCCUAGGGGUCGUAACGGUAAAAAACUGUGCUUCCCCUAUAACGAAAUCACUAAAUACUUUAAAAWAUAAAUACAUAUUCAGGGGCGUGUUGUACACGACCCCUUAACCUCCCUUCCACUUUCGCGUGUGCGUCACUGGGUUAGCAUGUGUGUAUUAGUUAUCAUAAUAUUAUUAUUAUUAUUAUCAUUAUCACCAUUGUAAUUUUAAUGCAUAUAGCGUAUCUUGUGUAUAUGCUUAGGUAUAUAAUAUGUUAUAUAUUAUUACCGCUGACUGUUAUUAUUUGUAAGAACACGAUCUUCAUAUAAAUACGUGUAUAUAUAUAUAUAUAUAUAUAUAUAUAUAUUAUGAAUGUAUAAUAAUAAAAAAGCAUAUACUUAUAGAUGUGGGGUAAAUUUACAAUGACUAAAUAUAUCAUAAUAUGUUUUAUAUUUUAUAUAGAACGGUCAUUUUUUUUUUUUGUAAUAUCUAUACGCAUAGGUAAAUAUAAUAAGGAUGUGUGCGCUAUUGUUGUAAUAGUCGUGUCAAAUUGUGAACUCGUGUACCUAUAUACCUACAAUAAAAUAUUAUAUGGUAUAUKACCCUACCGUAUCGUACACAUCAUAUAGGUAUUACGUAAUAUUAUAUAAUUUUUAUUAUAGACAAUUUAUUAUAUACAUACUAUAAUAAUGCAUUAUACUUUAAAUUAGCUAAAUAAACUAACAAAAUUGUUGAGGAA